AUGGAAGAGAUUUUAGUUUCUUAGAGAAUGGGACCAUCUGCACUGACUCAAUAAUUAUCGUCUAAAUAGGAAUCGCCGUGCAACUUAAUGCUAGAUGACGAUUAUCAAGUAGAGAGCCAAAGAGAUAUGAUAGAGAACAAGAGCAUAGAUAUGAAUAUGUCAAGAUUCGAAAGUAGAGUAAUACAAUAAUAUAAUAUAAGACCGAAUUCAAGAAACAUGCAUAAUUUUUAACGAAUAGAGCACUAAGAACAAUUUAAACAUAAAAAUAAUCUCAUUUUUUGCAAAGCUACAAAUUAUAACAACAUGUUCAUCGAUUUAUAAAUAACUUAUUCACUAACUCAUACAUUCUAAGAAAUACUCAGAAAUAAAAAAUUACUGAUAAGCUACUUGAAAAAUAAUUCAUAAGUUAACAUCGAAAAAAAGGUAUUUAAAUCAUUAAUAAUCAAGAUUAUGACAAUAAAUCGGUUAUCCCUAUAUUCUUACCAUCCACAAAUUCAAUAAUGAUAUGGGAUAUCUUUGGAUUUAUAUGUAAUCUAAUGAUGCUUUGGCUGACUCCUUUUUUGGGAGCUUUUAACAAUUAUAAUAACGAGGCAAUAUCAGUUUUACAAUAAAUUAUAUUAAUAUAGCUUAUUUUAGAUUUUUUAGCACAAUUUAAUAGAGGAAUAUUUGUAUCUGCCGUUCUGAUAACUAAUAGAAAGAAAAUAAUUACAUAAUACUUAAAAUCUAAUGCUUUAUCUGAUUUCUUAAGAAUGGUUAUAUGGAUUGAUAUCAAAUAUUCGAUAUUAUUUACUUUGUAUUUUGAGAUAAUAAUAGUUCUAUAAAUCAUACUAAUUUACCAAAAGAUACUCAGAUAUUUAUAGGAAUAUUAUUAUUAAUAUAUCUAUUCAAAAAGAGGAUAAAACUUUGUUUUAGAUUUGGUUUAGUUGAUCAUUCAAAUUUACUAUUUUGCACAUAUCAUAGCAUGUGUCUGGCAUUAUGUAGGUGAAAAUACUUAGUAUUUACAUAAUUCUUGGAUUCUUGAAAACCAAUUAAAUGAAGAAACUGUUUGGAAUAGAUAUAAUUCAGCAUUUUAUUGGGCAACAAUGACAAUGACGACAGUAGGGUAUGGAGACUUUUCAGCAAAAAACUAAAUUGAAAUGUUAGUUUCCUCAUUUAUUAUGUUUUUUUCUAGUUAUGCUUUUGCUUAUACCAUGAGUUCGAUUGGAAUAAUUCUCAAGAAUGUUUAUGAUACAAAAUAAACAUAUAAGUAUAAAUACAAGUAUAAUUAGAAAGAACCUCAUUUAAAUGAUUUAAUAUAUGAGUAAGAACUAAGUUGAUGAAUCUACUCAGGGAAGAAUUCGAAACUAUUUGAGAUUCUAAUAAGCACAAGAAAAGAAAGAAAAUUAGGAUGAAAUUACAAACAUCAUUAAUCAAUUGCCUAAGAAUUUACAAUAAGAUUUAAAUUCGGAUAUAUAAUCUAGAGUAAUCAAAAAAAUGAAACUCAUAAUAAAUCAUUUCUCUAAGUAUACAUAAUAACAGGUUGCUAAAAAUCUUGAGCUAAUAUCUUUCAUACCUGGAGAUUUCAUUUAUAAAUAGGGUGAUUAGCAUGAAGAUAAUUUGUAUAAUCAUAUUUGAUUUUAGAUAUUUCUUAUAGAGCGGAGAUGUUGUAUUAAUUGAAUGUCAAACUGAGCAAAAUCUAAGAUCCGUAAAGAAUUCGUAAUAUUUGGGGUAUUUUUCCUUUUUUACAGGGUUUUCUCCAAAAGAAACAGCUAUUUGUCAAAGUCCAAGUGAACUCUAUAAAAUCAGUAGAAAAAAAUUCCUUGAUAUUGUUCGUUAGAACUAAAAAGAUUUUGAAAUCUUCCAUCAUAUCAAAGAGAAAUUGAUUUUUUCAACAAAUUAUGUCCUCUUUGAUCAUAAAUGCAACUUUUGUAACAGGUAUAUACAUUAAGAAAUUGAUUGCCCUUUAAUUUAAUAUAAACCUGAUUUAGAGGCUAUUUUGAAGAAACAAAACUUUAAUCAAAUUGUAAAUCUUAGAAGAUUAGUUAUUAGAACAAAAAGAAAACAUCAUGCAUUAGGAUAACAUCAACCAAUUGAACAAUAACUUAAAAUAUUUCAGUAAGACAAUCAAUUUUGUGAGGAUACGGACUCUGACUAGGAAGGGAAGUUUGGAAAUCAAAAAUCAUUUUUUUCAGAAUAACAAUAAAGAAGUUCAUCUUAAUUAUUAUAAACUGAUGAUGAUGGACACUUUGAAAAUACCCCUCCAAGAUAAAAUCAAAAAAGAGCAACUUAACAUUAUGGUCCUUUAAAAUUAUAAAAAAGUAUACUGUUAUUUCAUCCUUUAGUGUCAUCAUUUUCCAAAUAGAAAUUAGGACAAGUUGAAUAGAAAUCAUCCUAAAGAAGAAUGAUGAUUUAGAAUGAAGAGUAGAGUGCAAUUAAAAAUUAUUGUAUGAUUGAGGAAGUGUAAUUAUUAUUAUAAAAACAAUUUAAAUCCUCAUUUAAUUUGGAUAAGGUAUGCAAUACUUUUCGAAGUUAUAUGCCAUAAUAUACAAUUGAAUCAUAGAUUAAAGAAUUGCAAAAAGUUUAGAAAAAAAAAUAAAAAAGAUUUUGGAAAUAGAAAGAAAAACUUGGAAAAUAUACUUUCUCCAAUAAUGUAAAAGUUUUGACUCUUAAGAUACUCAACUAAGGCAAAUAAAUAAGCAAAAAUGUUAGUUAAAUUUGA